UGGAGCCUGAAGACAUUCCGUCCCCCACCUGAGGCCGCUGAGCUACAGAGUUAAGGAUUUAAACCCAGACCGUCCGGCUUCCCUAACCCUCACCUAGUAGUCCUACCUGUAUUUCAUACCAUGCGGUACUUCACUCUCUCGUCAUGAAGAGGAAGAAGGACACAGAGGUGAAGAGUAAAACCUCAGUUACUAAAGCCACACCUUCACCGAAUCCUGAUCAGACACCAAACCAGCCCUCUGAAAAGAAGCGAAAAAUUCCAACCACCUUGCUGCCAUCCUGGUACAAGGAACCAGUGAUCUUCAAAGAUGUAGCUGUGUACUUCAGCCAGAAAGAGUGGCAGCUACUGGAGCCUGCUCAGAAGGACCUGUACAGGGAUGUGAUGCUGGAGAACUACGAGAACCUGAUCUCUGUGGAGUAUUACAUUUUCAAACCACGGUUGAUCACCAGGUUGGAGCAUGGUGUUGACCUUUUUGCUGAAGAGAACAGUGUUCCCAGAGAACGCCAGCAACGUGAGGCAGGAGUCAGCAGAAGCAACACCUCUGCAGGAAGGAAGACAGUAAAUAACUCAAAGACAGAAAUCCCAAAGCCGGACACUUCUAAGACAACGUCACGGGAGAAGCUGAGAAAAGCAGAUCGAGGGGGUGGUUCCAAGAGUUUGAGGGCAGAAAAGCCUUCCAAACGUGAUGACAGGCCAUCUCAGAACAAGGAGAAGCCACUUCAGAACAAGGAGAAGCCAUCUCAGAGUAAGGAGAAGCCAUCUCAGAACAAGGAGAAGCUAUCUCAGAACAAGGAGAAGCCAUCUCAGAACCGGGAGAAGCCAUCUCAGAACAGGGAGAAGCCAUCUCAGAACAAGGAGAAGCCAUCUCAGAACAAGGAGAAGCCGUCUCAGAACAAGGAGAAAUGUGCUUCAUCUUUGACAAGAGAAGCAGGCAAAGCGGUCACUCCUGGGAAUAAAGAGCGAGACUCUGUGACCCCUGGAACAUCUUCGAGUCAAACAUCAGCAACUACAACACCAAGGAGCACCUCUCAAGAAAAGUCAACUUUGGGGAAAGCCUCUCAUGGAAAAACACAGAAUGCCAGCAACUUCACACAGCCCAAGCUUAAGCCUGCCCGACAAGGUAAGAACCACUUUAAAUGUAAGGAAUGUGGGAAAACCUUCAACCAGACCCUCCACCUUGUGGAGCACGAGAGGAUUCACACAGGAGAGAAACCCCACAAGUGUGACACCUGCGGUAAGUCUUUCAGGCACCUCUCGUACUUCCUUACACACUAUCGGAUUCACACGGGGGUGAGACCUUAUAAGUGUAAGGAGUGUGGCAAAGCCUUCAACAGCAGCUCCACUCUCAACAAUCACCGCAGGAUCCACUCGGGAGAGAAACCCUUCAAAUGUGACGAGUGUGGGAAAACCUUCAAGCAGAGCACAAAGCUCACUCGUCACCAACGGAUCCACACGGGGGAGAAACCCUACAAGUGUGGCGAGUGUGACAAGUGCUUUGGCCGCAGCUCAUCCCUGAGGGAGCACAAGAGGAUCCACACAGGAGAGAAGCCGUACCGCUGUCAGGUGUGUGGGAAAAGCUUCCGGGUCAACUCGCACCUUUCGGAGCAUCAGCGGCUCCAUCUGAAGGUGAAGCCCUACAGGUGUGAUAAGUGUGGCAGGCACUUCCGAAACAGCACUUACUUAUCAGAACAUAAGCAGUCCCAUGUGCCCGGGGCCCGAGUGGACUGCCUAGAAUGUGGGAAGGUCUUCGCUUGCAAGGUAGCCCUUCUCAAGCACCAGAAAAGACAUGACGCGGACUCCAGAUAUCGGUGCAAGGGAUGUGGAAAGACUUUCAGGUGUAAGUCAAGCAUCCAACGGCAUGAGAGGCUUCAUGCUGGGGAGAAGCCUUUUGUGUGCACCAAGUGUGACAAAGGCUUCACUGAUAAAACCACGUUGAAUAAUCACUUGAAAAUCCACUCUGGAGAUAGGCCAGAUCCAUGUGCCCAGUGUGGGAGAACCUUUAAAAAGCUGGCUACCCUGCUGCUUCACCAGAAAAAGCAUGUUAGAAAUAAACCCACCGACAAUGUAUGAAAGACCUUUAGCCGGAGCUCCCCUCUCUGGGUCUUUGGAACAGAGUCGAAAUGAGAGAAACUAUGUACGUGAACAGUUUCUUCAUUUCUUAGUAGUUGUUUUCUUGUAAGCCAGUAGUUGUCCACAAAAGACUGAUUUUAACCCUUCCCCUACUUGGAGCAUUUGUGCAAUAUAAAGAGACUUCUUUGUUGUUAUUAUUAUUCCAACAGACAGGUGCCACUAUAAACCGGCAUCUAUGGAUAGAGGCGAAGGACGCUAUCAAAUAUCCUACAAUGUACCAAACAGACUGCCUUGCCUUCCAAUAACUAAGAAUGACUUGGCCUCUCUCAAGCAAAAGCCAUAUGGGCAUUUGAAUUUGAGAAGGAAUUCAGGUAGAGUGUUUUCUGCCAGCCACUACAAUAACCACUAACUAGGUAUGGCUGUUCAAAUGUCAAGGAAUCAACAUGAAAUAAACAUUUAAAUGCAAUCUCUUGGUUGCAGCAUCAACAUUUCAAGUCCCCAGUGGGCUGGUAGCUUCUCUGACCACUGAUAUCAUGGUCGGCUAACAUUUUCAACACCACAGAAGAUUCUAUUCAGAACUGGUUUAGAUCCCAGUGAUCGAUAAUUAUCUCAUGAGAUGACUCUGAGAAACUAGCUUCGUGAUAUUGAACUUGUGCCUUUUACAGCGGAAUGUAGCAUUUUGUACGUUUUGUGAAUGUGUUGGAGCCUGUGACGUUUGGAGCACUUUCAGAUCUCCAGUGGGUCAGUGCCCCACCCACAGGACUCCUACCUCUGUGUGUUCAGUGGGUUACUGAUAACACCACUGAUAACUGUGAGCAUAUGUUGAUCACUAUCUACCUAUCAAGUAUGGUGCUGAACUCUAUGUGAAUUAGCAGACCUAAUUCUCAUCAGAGUCCUAUGAGAUAAGAACUGUUGUGUACCUAAUUUUCUGUUGAGAAAACUAAGGCUUUUUUAAGAGUGUCUAUCUCUCCUUUCUUCUCCCCCCCCCCACCUUUUUUUUUUAAGUUACAGGACUCCUACCUCCAUUGUGCCUCAGGCAGAAGGAUCAGUAGGUUGCUAACAGUAUUACUGAUACAUUUGAGUGUUUAUUAAUGUCUUUCUACCUAUCAAGUAUGGUGCUGAAAUCUUUACAUGAACUAUAUCAGUUAAUCAAUCCUACCAGUCAUAUGA